CCUCUUCCUUUCCUCCUCAACGAGUCAAAAAAGAAACAGGAGUAGUAGUAUGUUAUACUGUAGUAUUAUUCUCCCUCCUCCAGUCAAAGCAUAGCUGCGUCGCUUCCCUUUCUUUUCCCUUUUCCGGCCGACCACAACGCCAAAUCUCACCGUCAGCUUCUCCAGAUCUGCACCUCACGAAUUCCAGGCCCAUCUCCUCUCACUCAUUCGUUCAAGAUCCAGAAAUCUCUCUUUUAUUUUGGUUUUGAAAAGAAAAAAUGGAUUCUGAGCAAAGGCGGAAGAGAAAGCAGCAGGGAAGAAUAUAUAGACCAGCAUGUGCCAAGUUGUUAUUAGUAAGGUCUCUAACUGUAUGCUUAUCUUUCUUAGUAUUUCUUUUGUUCAUUUCGUCGGAUCGUUUACCAAUCCGUAGGGACGGGUCGUUUCGUCCAGUUCUGAGGACUUCCACUAUGUCCCUCUUGCCUGCUUUUCUAACCGGUGGUGGUGGUGGUGGUGGUAUAUCCCAGUAUCAAAAUUUAGUAGUAGAAGGCAGGGUGUUGUUGCCUGACCACUUAGUGUUAAUCGUUUCCAGUAAAUUAACUCCACCAACUGAUAAUUUAGACUGUGUUUACUACGACAAUAUGCUUGAACGAGUUGUGUUAAAGCCUGUUAUAUCUGUUGAUGGAUAUCAUCAACAGUUGAAGUCCAUUGUGAGGUGCCACCUUCCGCCUCUUAAUUUUUCUGCUUCAGUUAAUUUGCGAGGGCGAGGGUGGAGUGGCGAUGUCGUGGUGGAAAGACGUGAAUGGUUGUUGCGGCUUAAUCAGAGUGUGGUUCCUUCCUGGAACAAGGUGGUUUAUGAGGCAGUUUUGGAUUCGAAUGGUUACACUAGUAAUGUGGUUGUGUUUGCUAAAGGAUUGAAUCUUCGGCCGCAUAGAGAAGCCGAUGCUAGGAAAUUCAGGUGCCACUUCAGUUUGACUGAUUUUGAUCAAGGAUUAUUUGUGUUCAAUACUCGAGCAAUUGCAGCUGCUCAAGAAGUUUUUCGGUGUUUGUUGCCUCCUAGUAUUCUAAACAAUCUAGAUAAGGCUAAGGACAUUCGAGUUAGUGUUAGCCGUGUUGAUUACAAUGUUGAAGGUGCAGAUGAAGCUCCUCUGCCUUCGGUCGCCAAAGUUCAAAUUAUCAACUCCCAUGAGCACAAGAGUAACACUGGGAAGUAUGAGCUCUGUGCUUGCACCAUGCUGUGGAACCAAGCCUCUUUCCUUCGGGAGUGGAUUAUCUAUCACGCCUGGCUUGGAAUCGAGCGAUGGUUCAUAUAUGACAACAAUAGCGAUGAUGAGGUUCAAGAAGUUAUUGAUGAGCUUAAUUUGCACAAGUACAAUAUCACUAGGCAUGCUUGGCCAUGGGUUAAGACACAAGAGGCAGGCUUUUCGCACUGUGCUUUGAGAGCAAAACAUGAAUGCAAGUGGCUUGGAUUCUUUGAUGUUGAUGAGUUUUUCUACUUCCCACAUCGACGGGGACGAUAUAAACCUGGACCAAAUUCACUACGAGCCCUCGUCAUGAAAUACUCAGAUUCACCAAAAAUUGCAGAGCUAAGAACGGUUUGCCACAGCUAUGGGCCAUCUGGAUUGACAUCACCUCCAUCACAGGGUGUAACUGUAGGUUAUACCUGUCGGCUUGAGGCUCCGGAGAGACACAAAUCCGUUGUGCGCCCAGAGCUCCUUCAUACAACUCUUCUUAAUGCGGUGCAUCAUUUUAAACUACGGGAUGGAUACAAAUACCUGAACGUGCGAGAGAGCAAGGUUUUAGUGAACCACUACAAAUACCAGGUGUGGGAUUCCUUUAAAGCCAAGUUCUUUAGAAGAGUUUCGACCUAUGUCACUAACUGGCAAGAGGACCACAAUAAGGGAUCAAAGGAUAGAGCGCCAGGUCUAGGGACAGAGGCCAUUGAACCUCCCGAUUGGCGGCUUCGGUUCUGCGAGGUUUGGGACACUGGCCUCAAGCAUUUUGUUAUGGCCAAUCUUGCCGAUUCGACGUCUGGGUUCCUUCCCUGGGAGAGGUCCCUCACGUAACGGAUUCGCAUUUCGAUGUGCAAAUUACAGCUAGGCACCCAUGUAUAACAACAGAGCAAUCACACAAGCAGCAUUCUUUA